AGACGAAUAGCAAAGAUGCGCACCAUCGAGCUGUUCUGCGUGGCUUUCUUGUGCCUCAGCCCGAUGGCCUGGGUCUCCUCCAGCCGCGAGCCGUGCCGAUCACCAGCGAAGACCAAAGGCUUGCUCAGUGUGACUUCUGCCAAGGACGAUACGACGGUUUGGGGGGAUUUCAAGUACGAUGCCGCUAAGAAGUACCUUCGCUUUGUGGAGGACAGCAAAUCGAACAGAACCUCGCACCUGGACGUGCUCGUACACUUCGAGCAGGAUGUGAUAUACGAAUUUGACAGCAAGAACGACAGCUGUAAGAAGCAGUCCCUGCCGUCACACAGUCACCCGUUGGAGGUGCCGGCCGACGCCACACACCAGGACGAGCUGUACCUGGGGAGCCUCGAUAAGUCUGAGCAGGGCCUCAGGGUGCGCAUAUGGUCCGGCAACAUAUCUGACCACCUCGACACGCAUCACUCACAGGCAGCCCACUACUCGAUUAUUACCACUUCCUGCGGGUGCGUCCCUGUUUCCUGCAUCUACCACAGCGAGAAGUAUGACCUCAUCUUCAAAUUCUUCAACGUAGAGAUUGACUUUGACGAGAUACAAGCGUUUAAACUUCCUGAUUACUGUGACGGUGUGGCUUUAGAGGAGGCGUCUGAUGACCACAGCUUCUUUGACCUGUUCCACGACUGAAUCGUUAAAAAGCAUACGAAUCAAUCGAACACACGGGAUCACGGCAUAACAUGAAUUUAAAAAAAAAAAAAAAAAAAAAAAAAACUACUUCAAAAAACCGUAUCCACUUUUUCUCUUUCUUCUGCGCAAAUCUGACACUCUCUUGUAUGAUCGCCAUCUCUGUUCUGAGUAACAGUAUUGUUUUGUCCUUUUUGUGACUGUCCCUUUGUUUCUCAUGAAGUCAAUAAAUGCCGAGUAAUUCAAACCGAAAAGAAA